AGAAGGAAAAUCGUAAACAGAAGUUAUCGUAUGUUGGACUUGUCAGAGAAUGUCUGCUAAAGUGUAACAUAACGGUAGCCUAUUCCCAUUGAAAUGGACAUUGAUGAUGAAGAUGAUGACUGGAAUGUCAGUGCAGAAUCUUCAGAUAUGUUCGUCAUGGGGUUGUCCAGUGAUCCUGUCGGCGAAGCCCCCUCCUCCUCCAGAGUUAUCUUGCAUUUUGACUUGGACUGUUUUUACGCACAGGUGGAAAUGAUCAGAAACCCUGCAUUACGCAACAAACCUUUAGGCAUUCAACAAAAGUACAUCAUUGUCACUUGCAACUAUGUGGCAAGAGAUCAGGGUUUGACCAAACUGAUGUCAGUGACGGAUGCACUAGAAAAAUGUCCUCAGCUGGUGUUGGUCAAAGGCGAGGAUCUCACUCACUACAGAGAGAUGUCUUACAAAGUAACAGAGCUUCUGAUGUCAUAUUGUCCACUAGUGGAGAGACUAGGCUUUGAUGAAAACUUCUUGGAUGUGACUGAGAUGGUGGACACCAAGAUGGAACAGGCUCCAUCUACAGAAUUGACCUUCAGUGGACACAUCUACAAUGAGGAAUCGCUUGCAGCAAGUGCGAGUGACCACCCACGACUAGCCAUGGGGUCUCUUAUUGCUGCGGAAUUAAGAGAGGCCAUCAAGAGCAACCUUGGGCUCACUUCCUGUGCUGGAGUCGCAACGAAUAAGCUGCUAGCCAAGCUGGUGUCAGGUACCUUCAAGCCAAACCAGCAGACCACUCUACUGCCAGAGAGCACUGCAGACAUAAUGGCAAGCCUAAGUGGACUACGAAAAGUGCCUGGCAUAGGACACAGGACUGGCCAAAGGCUGAAGGCUCUCGGCCUCCUCACAGUGAGAGACCUCCAGUGCUUCCCUCCAGCUGAGCUUGCCAGGGAGUUUGGAGCUGCCAGCGCUCAGCGCUUGCAGAAUCUGUCCCAAGGGAUCGAUGAUUCCCUCGUCACCCCUGCUGGACCUCCUCAGUCGCUUAGUGAUGAGGACUCCUUCAAGAAGAUGUCCUCAACAACUGAGGUUCUGAAGAAAGUUGAGGAGCUCUUGACCAGCCUGAUGGAGAGAAUGCACAAGGAUGGAAGACAGCCAGCCACCUUCCGCCUGACAAUCAGACGCUUUUCCGCUACGAAUCGCUAUUUCAGCCGCGAGAGUCGGCAGUGCCCCAUACCCAAUCACAUUGGACAGAAGAUCACUACAGGAAGUUGCGAUGCUUUAGCCCAGCUUCUCAGCAUGGCCAUGAAGCUAUUUCAGAAAAUGAUUGACACCAACACUCCCUUUCACCUCACACUGAUCAACGUGUGCUUCAGCAACCUGCAGUCAAAGAGUGACGGCAAAGGCUCCAUAACGUCCUUCUUCACACAGAGGUCACCCAAAAAAGUGACAUCAGUCUCUCAGCAACAGGAUAAUCUGAGUGUUAAAGGAUUUAGCACGUGCACGGGUUCUCCUGAGAACUGUUCUACCUUUGCGAACGACACAUUGGACGUGAGGGUCUCUCGGAGCACACCACCCAUGCCAUCAGAGCAAAAACAGCCUCCUCUGCUGAGGAAGUUUAUUGGGACUCCUCUCUCUGUUAAGCCGCCAAUGCCCGAGUGGACCCAGGUGCCAGCAGUUCCGAAUGAGCUGCACAGACCCAGUCAGCCACUGGAGCCAGACUUGUCGCACCUGCCCCCGGAUGUCGACCCAGACGUGUUCAAACACCUCCCAGAGAGCAUCCAGCAGGAGCUUCUGUCUAGUUUCCAGGCAGGAGAACGUGGGGACCGGCAGGGAACUAGCAGUCAGUCAGUCACUGCAAUUUCCUGCAAUCAGAAACCGACUAAUCAACUGACUAAACCACCCUCGAAGCAGUCAAGCAUUGCAGCACACUCUGCUGGCUCAGAUAAUGGCGAUGACCGCGCCAAACAGACCGCUGAUCAGACAUUUUUCUCUGCACACAGAGAACGACUUCGCAUUAGCUGUGCUGAGCAGCCUGAGGGAAACAGCAGGGCAUCUAAUACAGAAUGCCCUUCAAAUGUGGACCCCUUGGUCUUUUCUGAGCUGCCCCCAGAGUUGCAGCAAGAACUGCUAUCAGAGUGGAAGCAACAAAAGCCUGUGCUGAAAAUCCCCUCCAAGAAGUUGGAAAGGACUGCCCCCACCAAAGACAAAAAAGCCACUACCAAAGCUGGUCAGGCAAACAACCUGCUGAAUUAUUUUAAAUCUAACUGAAUCACAUUCAACACCUUCAUUUAAUCUAAUGUUCGUUUUUGCUUGUACCUUUCUACAUGUUUAUUUCUGAUGUUCCAUGUUUGUUCACAUGUCUUCUGUAUUAGUAUUUUCUGUUUGCAUAAGUGUUGUGUCUAUAUUUUCAUGUUCUGAGAAUAAAGAAUGUUUCAA